GCCAUCCAUGGCACUUAUAUUGUGAUGGUGUAUAGUAUACGCGUGAAAACAUUAUACGAGUAAAGGGACGAUGAGCACACAGCACAGUGCGAGAGAGCAAAAGAAGAACGAACAGCCAAAGUAACAGAGAAAAAAAUGAAGAAAAUGUAGAGAGAAAUAUCAAUAGAAUUUUUACUUACGCAGACAAGUGUACGGACGACGUCGACGAAAAAUCGUAAAUUUGUGUUCGUGAUUUAAAUUGAGAAUGAGAAAAUUAGUGUAAAUUCAUGAAAACUAAAACUACGAGAGAGAAAAAAACACACCCAAAAAGUGAAUGAAACUUUCAACGCAAACUGAAUAAACGACUGAUAGGGAACAAACAUUAAUCGGUGCAAUACGGGUUUUUGAUGUGAACACCAAAUAGUUUUUCCCUUCUUCGAACAGAUACACCAAAAUUAGAACUUUAUUCAUUUUGUUGUUGUUUUUUUUCGUUUCUUUCGUUGUUUCUCGAUCGGAAACGGCGAUGAUUUGCCGUGUGAACAAUUUUUAAGCGAAUGUAAAAACGAAAACCACAUCAAGUGUAUUAUCAUUACUUAAACCAAAUUUGUCAACAACAAAAAAAAAAAAAAGACUUUUACAUGAAAGAGUACCUCCAAUUUCUGUUGUUGUACAAGUGCUACAGUUUUUGAUAUGCAAUUUUUUCUCGCUUCUAAUGAGUAAGAACCACUUUUUUUGGAAACCCAAACAAAGAAAAUCAUUUAAUGAUUUUUGUGUGUAUCGUCCGCUCGCGUACGAUAAACAGUUAGUAGGUGCAAAGAAACACACGGAAGUGAAUGUGAAAAUUGUUGGAUUGUUGGUGAUUCAACGAAGAAAUUGCAGAAGUGUAAAUCAAAUAAAGGAAAAAGAGCAAAUAAAUUGUGUGAACGAUGGAAUCGCAACAACAACAACAACAACAGCUACAUCAUCUAAAUCAUAAUUCCAUGUCGCCCGUUGCGAAUCGGUCGGAUGGCGAGAAAAGUCAUCGUGGAAAUGGUUUGGUUGCGGCCGAUUUUCUAUCCGAUGACGAUAACUCGGAACACAAUAUCGAUAAUAUGGGCUAUACUCAAGAGCAAACACGUUCUAUGAAUCAGCAACUAGUUCAAUUGAAUCCCGGCCUAUCAUUUCAACAAAUGCAAGGCCAUUUACAAGACCAAGAACAGUUACGACAGAAUGCAGCAAAUCAUUAUUUUAAUGGCAAUAACAUGACAAAAGACGUCGCCUUAGAGGAUAGUGAACAACAAUUGUGCAGCACCAUGUACCCGCCACAGCCACAUUCCGAUUACAUUAUAGCUGAUUAUAUGGAUAAAAUUGCAACACGUAUCAAUAUACUUGAAACCGAAUUGAAAUUCGCAUGGAGUGCACUCGACCUUCUGUCAAGUGAGUAUGGCAAGAUGUGGACUCGUUUGGAGAAGCUCGAGAACAUAUCGUUGGAACAGAAAUCUGUGGUGGCCAAUCUGAUGGGUUUAUAUGGGGCAACCAGUAUGAGUGCAGUGGCAGCAGCAGCUGUACAACAGCAACAACAACAACGUACGGGGCCCGCAUUUCCCACGGCAGCCGAUUUUACCGAUAUCAUGGGUGAACUACGGAACGAAGCGCUCGGUGUAUAUGAUACAGUCGAUGGAAAUUAUGCGCGCGGUGGUGGUGGUGGCGGCGGCGGUGGCGUUGGCGGUGGUAGCAGCACCAGCGCUGGCCAAUCACUGUUCGCCGAUAAUAAAAUCAAUUUGGAUGGUGCAUUGACAGCCAAUCGUAUAAGUGCUGACAUCCGUCAAUUGCAGGAACAGCAAAAGCAAAUCGAACAGAAUAUUCAACACAACGAACGAUUAUUCGACGAACUAAACGCUUUAUCAUAUUCUUCAGCACAUCCUCAUACUCAAACGAUGCUUGACACUAAAAUGACUGACACAUCAAAUUCACAUUCGUUACGCGAACUAUUAGGCAGCGGUUGCAUAAAAGAUGGUCUCGAAGAAGGCAUCGAUUUGGUGCAACGCGAACGAUUAAAGCAACAAUAUGGAAAUGAUCAGAAUGCAGCGGCCGCCAAUUAUUACAUGUUUCGGAAUUUAAUGCAAAAUGAAACACAAAACAAACGUACGGAUGCGGAUUUUUUUCGGUCGGGCGAAAUAAAUCGCGACCUUUAUAGCAAUCAAAUCGAAGCCACCGCGCCCAAUAUAUUCGACGAUCUGGCGCGGCUCGAACAACAGCAACAACAAAAUAAAUUGCUGAGCAUCGGCAGCGAUGGCAAUAUCAUUGAAAUAUUACUGCCGACGGAGAAUGUGUACGGGCUCGGUGGUGGUGGUGGUGGCGGCGCUGGCGAACCAUCGACGGGCAUAUCACGGCCCUGCUCAUCACUCGGCAUGAUUUACGAAGACAAUGAAGAACAAGAGGCCGAACAUCAAAGCUCAGCAUCCGAAGUCGAUGAAAUGCGAUUGUAUGCGGACGAUCAAAAGAAAGAUUUAUCGCUGUUGAGCCCAAUGAGCAGAGAAUCGUUGAGCUUGUCGAGCCACGGACGCAAGUCGAAAAAGAAAAAAUCACAUCGAAAACAUGAGAGCGAUGCACUUCAAAGUUUUAAGAGCGCCAUGAACGGUGGUGAGAUAAAAGAACGGCCUGUAUCACCGGUAAAAAUGACGAAAGACGAGACAAUCACAUUUAUCAUCGAUGAAAUUUCCAAAAUCGAAGAUCUAUCACUCUUCACAUCCGACCAAAUAAACAGUCUCAAAGAUUUGAUUAGCAAUGAAUUUACAUUUUUCAACAAAAUCAAUCAAAACAACAAGCAUUUGUUGUUAAUUCUGCUGAAUCCGAUUACAUCAUCGGAUGCGUAUGAAAGUUCGCAGCAGAAAUGCGAUCAAAUUCAGCAGAAACUGCACAAAAAUAUGACCAUUUUGCAUACAAUGCUGGAUAAUAAAAGUGAUUUGAGCGAUAUUAAACCGAACGAAGCGAUUGAUAUUGAUGAAAUUUUGGAAACAUCCAGUAGUAUCGGUAUCGAUGAUGACAGCCGAAGUGAAAUACGAUCAACGACCGAUCUUCCAAAAAUGCUUUUGACCAAGCGUUACGAUCCGAUGUCAACGAAAACCGAUGACUAUUACAGCCGCAAUUUAAUUCGCGAUAAUUUCAGUUUGAACGAACAGCUCAAGCAACUGGACAGCAAAGAAACGGAAAUUAUGUGUAAAAAAUCAAUUAAAUCAAUUACCGAAGAAUUAGAAGCAAACGAACGCAAGAAUUUACUCGACAAUUUUGAUGAGCAUGCCAUUAUAACUGGUUCGAAUCGUACACAAUCGCUCAGCCAUAUAUCAACCAUUCGCAAAGACUCAUAUCAAUACUCGAGCAAUAGCAGCAUCUACAGCCAAGAUGAGUACAUAAAAUCGUUGAAAAAGAGCUUAGAACGACACAAUUCGAUGCUUUUUUUAUUGCAUCUACAAAAUUCCAACUACCAAAGCACCAACGAUAUUCGCAGCGAAGCCAAGGAUACACCAGCAGGAUUGCAUAUGAUUGACGAUGUUGAUGAGGUGUUGAAUAAUGGCCAAAGUAGCCCACCUCCGCCAGCUCCGAACGGUGAACAUCCAAACGACAUCUUUCCACAUCCAAUGACCGUGCAACAACAAAAACAAAUCCAAGAUGCAUCUUGGAAUCCAUUUUAUACUCCAGCUAUACAGCAACAAGAACCACAACUUUCAUCAAUGAAUCCAUUUCAUGCGGAUCUUAUGAAACAACAGUUGCAAGGUGACGGCAAACAUUUGGAACCAUCGCAUCAAUCGCAAAAUUAUUUAUCGUCCACGGGAAUGUGCAUUAACAUGGAGCUAUCGCCGAAAAAGACAAAAAGCGACUCAGGUCUAUCGUCUAUGAGUGGUUUUUCCAGUUUGGAAAAAUCACCAAAUUCACCCAGCCAUAAGCCACGUAUACCAAAUGCACAAGCACAAGCACAAGCACAAGCCCAUCUACAACAAUUACAACAGCAACAUCAACUGCUGCAACAGCAGCAUCAUUUCUUAACCCAAAUCCCAUCAUAUUCCAUACCAUACAAUAAUGAAACAAAAGCAUUAUUCCAAUCACGUUCGACGGCGGACAAUGCGGCUGACAAAGCUGAUUACAUGUUCAGCGAAGAGAAUUUAAAUUACAUACGCGAACUAUCAAAAAACGUACCAAUUUGCUCGGUGUUUGAGAAUAAAUCGAUUUUUAAUGUUGACCAAUCGCAAAUGACACACGCACACAAUUUUUCAUACGAUCAACCAACUCAACCUCCGCCCCUGUCACCAAUCAAUGUGACUUACUAUAAGGUGCCCGAUAAUAUUUCUUAUGAUUUUCCACUGUCUGAAACUGAUUUCAAUGCAAUGCAACAUCAGCGAAAAAACUAUUCCGACAUGCAGCGUGGCGUACGUUCGGUAACUGGUUCAACAUCUAGUUUGGCCGCAUCGGCAAAGUCACAAAGUCGCGGAGGUAACACUGAUGACGAAACAUCAUCGCAGCAAAAGCAAAAACAUAAGAAUCUCACCGAUCGACUGGUGUUUUAUCCAUCAUCAAAUAAUAUCGCUGAUUAUAAUAGUAGCAUGAACUUGAAUUACAUGGGUUAUACUAAGGAUGGGCCAGAGCCACAGCCAUCGUCGCAAGCACGGCAACCGUAUUAUGUGCGACAAGCGUCGCCUGGCGAACACCGAAAGCAACAGCAGCAGCAGCACCACCACCAACAACAACAAAUCCAUCAUCAUCAGCAACAACAGCAACAGCAGCAGCAACAUGGUGAGCAUAUGCAUCCAGAGGAUAUGAGUGAUGUACGAACGUAUAUGCGAAGUUCAUCGGUGCCUAGUCGAACCGUAUACUAUCCGGAAUACGGUGAAUCGUCCGAGGCUGGAGCCCGUUACAUUUCCAAUCAACAGGGCUACGUGUCAAUAUCGUCACAGCCGAUGCAACAUUACGUUCAAGUGCCAUUUCCAAGUGGCCAACAGGCGGGUGCCGAUAAAAAAGAUCCCACCACGGGUGGUAAAUAUCUCAACAAAUUCUCACAAUGGAUACCGGAAAAUUUGAAAUUAAAACGAAUUUCGAAACGUUAUCGAAGUCAUUCGUUGCCAGCCGUUGGCGACAGUGAUGAUGAUUCAAUGAUGAUGAUGCAACACCAGCAGCUGCAGCAGCAGCAGCAACAACAACAGCAGCAGCAACAGCAUACACCAAAAGGUGGCAAAUCCAUGUCACCAUUUCAACAAGACAAACGGCAUGGCUAUGGCAAAUCACCGAAAGAUCCAAAUGCAAAGUCCACCAUGUUUACGUCGCCAAUAAAAUCCGGGCGUUCUUUUUUACAACGUAAAAGCCUGUCACUGACACAGCCAUUGACGCGUGGCGACGAAACAAGUGGCAGCAAAAAGAAGAAGCGUUCAAUUACAUCGACCAUGUCGAAUUUAAUGCAAAAAGCCAAAGUGUAUCGACGUCACAGCUUUUCGCAUUCAACAUUAACGAAUGAAUAUUCGGGAAAAGCGGGUGAUCCACGACAAAUGCAAUCCCAUUCGCAAAUGCAUGGUGCCAGUGGCAGUGGUGGAUCAUCGUCAAAAUUUAUGAUUACAAAACCACCAAAUCAAGCGUAUUCCGAUCCGGAAUCCGUUUAUUCUGAUUUCUUCUCUGACAAUGAAGACCGAAGUGCCAGCGAUACGGGUGACCGUUUCGCUGACAAGGAUUUAAGCAAUAUGUUUGCCACCAUAGAACAAUCCGUCGCACAUCAACGGAUGCCCGAUAUGAAUGCCAAGGAAUCGGAUCAAGUGUUUCAAACGAUUGGCGAAGUGAAACAUCCAACGGUACCAACAUCUGCUGCCUCAAAUUUAUCAGCACAUUCGCAGCAAAAUCAUAGCGGCAGCGAAUUGAGCAGCUCAAGUACAAAUGGUGAUAAAGUAACACCAUCUGAUUCGAAUGCGAAUCAUGAACCGAACGAUAAAUUCAUAUUUUCAAGCACGAGCAUGGAAUUUGCAGUGAGCCGAAAAAUUGCAAAAUAUCGACAAAAGAAUGUUAGUUCGGAUGACAUCAAUGGGCAUAAGCAGCUUGCUGAUGGCAAAAACAAUUUGACGGGCAGCAGUAGCGGUGGAAGUGGUGCAGAUGGGGCGGACGAGGACAUCAAUUUUAAUAAAAGUCCAACUACAUAUUCGAAUAAUUUAAAGGAUAUGAAUAAUGGAGCACAACGAUUGCAUCAACAGCAGCAGCAGCAGCAACAACAACAACAAAUUACAUUACAACCGCCGCAAAAGCAUCACGCAAACAAUCAUAAGCAUUUGAAAAAGACCAACUCAAUGUUUGUCGAAGAUGAAUGUUUCGGCAAAACGGAGUACGACUAUCAAAAUGACAACAAUAAUAAGAAACAACAUUUGCCAACAAUCGUAACACAAUCCCAUCAGUCACAGCAGCAACAGCAGCCACAGCCACAGCCAUGCAAAUCAAAUUUUUCGCUGGUUUCAGUUGAUCGAAGUAGUCAACAGGCUAGUUUAGACAUUCCAACACGUGAUGAUGAAGAUAAUAAAAGCCAGCAUUCCUCUCGCACGAUGUCAUCAUCACGACGCCAAAGUACCGAGGACAGCAUUGACACGGACGACGAAUAUUUUUGCUAUGAGCUGCGAAAGCUCGAAGAGAUGGAACGCCGUAGUCAGUUGGAGAGUGCGAAUUUGAGCAGUAGCGCUAACGAGAAUAUUCAACAAUCGUUGCUGUCGAAAAUUGACUCUCUGAAUACGGGCACCGAUAUUUGUAAUGUUGGCAUCACCGAGUACAAUCAAGGCGGUGAUGAUGAUAUGAUGCUCAUGUAUUACAACACCGAAGCCGAUAAAUAUCAGCCCGACGAAGACGUAAAAGUGAAAAUGUCAUUUGUGUUAAGUGAACUGAAAUCGUUGUGCCAAUCGGACGAUCGGAAAAAUGAACGUGGAAAUGCAUAUCAGAAAUUUGGCCAUGUUAUCGAUUCAUCGUGGCAACACCAACCGCAGCCACAGCCACAGCCACAGCCACGAGAGAAACCCGAAGUUUCAACUAGACACAUUCAAAGUGUCAACGGAUUGAAAGCAAUGAUGGGUCAACGUGGACAACUGGAUAAAAUGAGCACGUCCGAAGAAUUAGAUAAUGAUUUCAUGAAUGAGCUCAAUCAAUUUGAGUUUGAAAUAAAUAAUGAACGACAACGAAGACAUUCGCAACAACGAAUUGGUCACUAUAUUGGCGAUGAAAGUGGUCGUGCAAAUGGUGAUGCGGCCGCUGCACCAUCGGGCAAAAAAGUGAUGCGAAAAAAGCGGCACACAAAACAACGGCCCACCGCUGAUGAUGAUGGCGGUGGUGGUGGUGGCGGCCGUAAAGGGACAUUUCGAUCUAGUACGAAAGCGAAAAAAGAUGAGCAAAUGGACGAAUAUUCGUCGAGUCCAUACUCAUCGGAAGUGGAAACAUCGGGACCAGAGAGUCCUGGUUAUGAUGAUGAAUUUCAAUCGACUGAAAUUGAUACACUAUUACAACAACAACACACAUUAGAUGCUAAUUCAAAAAACGGGCAUUUCGUUGAGGCCACCAGACCGUUGGGUGAACCGGAGCAAUACAACUACCAACAGAGUCAACAACAACAACAAUAUUAUCAAACAAUCAACGAACAAUUAGAAAAACCGAUUAGCAGUGAUGGUGGCCAUAUUGUGAGUGAUAUCGAUGAUGCAAACUUGGAUGCUCCGAUAGAUCAAUUGAAAUUUGAUGCUGAAAAUAGUGGUUUCGUACAAAAUAUUAGCACAGACAUUGGAUCACCGUCAACAACAACCAAUACCGAUCCAACGACAUUCCAUAAGGAACAAAGUUUGACGAGUGAAAUGAGCACCGAUGCAAUGUACGAUGAUGCAUCGCUGGCGAAAGAGCUACAGCACCAUCAGCAAAAGUCCGUUGAAUCGGGUGGCAGCAGCGAAACAUCCACAUUCAAAUCGAAAUUGAACAAAGUGCUCAGCCAUGAAUCUAGCCAAGACAGUACAAAUGGCGGAUUUGGCAGCAGCAAAUGGAAAUUAUUGAAAACACUAAAAGAGAAACGCAUCGAGGAAAAAAACAAUCAGGAAAAAAUCAAAGAAGAAGAGAACAAAGACAAAAGUAGUAAUGGAACGGGUGCAAGCGAUUCGACCGGCCGCGGCACCGGACAUCCCGGCGAUCUUCCAUUUUACAGUAAUAUCGAUAGUAUGCCGGACAUUCGGCCACGACGAAAAUCCAUACCUCUCGUAUCCGAACUGACAAUGGCCGCAACGAAACGCAACGCAGGUUUAACAUCAGCUGUUCCACGGGCCACACUAAACGAUGAAGAAUUGAAAAUGCAUGUGUACAAAAAAUCAUUGCAAGCGCUUAUUUAUCCAAUAUCAUCGACAACACCACAUAAUUUCACGCUGUGGACUGCAACAUCGCCGACAUACUGCUAUGAAUGUGAAGGUCUGCUAUGGGGUAUUGCAAGGCAAGGUGUUAGAUGCACUGAAUGCGGAGUCAAAUGCCAUGAAAAAUGCAAAGAUCUAUUGAAUGCAGACUGCUUACAAAGUAUGCUAUUAAGAGCGGCGGAGAAAAGCUCAAAACAUGGUGCUGAAGAUAAGGCCAACUCAAUCAUAACCGCAAUGCGAGAACGCAUGAAACAAAGAGAACAAGAGAAACCAGACAUUUUCGGAUUAAUAAGGGCCGUAUUCGGUGUGGAGGAAAAAAGCCAUGCAGGCCAUAUGAAAGCAGUCAAACAAAGCGUUUUGGAUGGCACGAGUAAAUGGUCGGCGAAAAUUGCUAUCACAGUAAUUUGUGCGCAAGGAUUAAUAGCGAAAGAUAAAAGUGGAACUAGUGAUCCAUACGUUACGGUACAAGUUGGUAAAGUAAAGAAACGCACACGAACUAUGCCUCAGGAAUUAAAUCCAGUUUGGAAUGAAAAAUUUCAUUUCGAGUGUCACAAUUCAUCGGAUCGAAUAAAAGUUCGAGUUUGGGACGAGGAUAAUGAUUUAAAAUCGAAACUACGGCAAAAGUUAACACGUGAAUCGGACGAUUUCUUGGGCCAAACCAUCAUUGAAGUGCGUACACUGUCCGGCGAAAUGGACGUAUGGUAUAAUUUAGAAAAGAGAACGGAUAAAUCGGCCGUUUCGGGUGCGAUCCGAUUGCAUAUUUCCGUUGAGAUCAAAGGCGAAGAGAAGGUUGCACCAUAUCAUGUGCAGUACACUUGUUUGCAUGAAAAUUUAUUUCAUUAUUUAUGCGAGGAACACAGUGGAAUGGUGAAACUGCCAACAUCCGAUGAUGACGAGGCGUGGAAAAUCUAUUUCGAAGAAAUUCCCGAAGAAAUUGUCGACGAAUUUGCUAUGCGAUACGGAAUUGAAAAUAUUUAUCAAGCCAUGACACAUUUUCAUUGUUUAUCAACGAAAUAUUUGUGUCCAGGCGUACCGGCCGUUAUGAGCACACUAUUGGCCAAUAUCAAUGCAUACUAUGCCCAUACAACGGCAACAACAGCCGUAUCAGCUAGCGAUCGAUUUGCUGCCAGCAAUUUCGGUAAAGAGAAAUUCGUUAAACUGUUGGACCAAUUGCACAAUUCACUACGUAUUGAUCUAUCGAUGUACCGAAAUAAUUUCCCAGCAUCAAGUCCAGAGAAACUCAUGGAUUUGAAAUCCACCGUCGACCUAUUAACUAGUAUCACAUUCUUCCGGAUGAAAGUACAAGAGCUGUCGAGUCCGCCUCGUGCGAGCACUGUCGUUAAGGAUUGCGUAAAGGCCUGUCUUAGAUCCACCUAUCAAUUCCUGUUCGAAAAUUGUUAUGAGCUCUACAAUCGGAAUUUUCAGGAGGAUCCAAACGAGGCUAAGCGCGAUCCUGACGAUCACGGUCCCAAAUUGGAUAGCGUUGAUUUUUGGCAUAAGCUAAUAGCACUUAUAGCUUCAGUUAUUGAAGAGGAUAUUAACAGUUAUAGUACUGUCCUCAAUCAAUUCCCACAAGAACUGAACAUUGGCCAGUUGUCUGCUGCAACAAUGUGGAGUCUCUUUGCUGUCGAUAUGAAAUAUGCGUUAGAAGAGCACGAACAACAUCGUGCCUGUCCAUCUUCUGCCUAUAUGAAUCUUCACUUCAUGGUUAAAUAUCAUUACAUGACAUAUGUCAAAGAUGUGCCACCGUACAAAGGAGCGGUUCCCGAAUAUCCGGCCUGGUUUGAACCGUUUGUUAUGCAGUGGCUGAAUGAGAACGAUGACGUAUCGCUAGAAUAUUUACAUGGAGCCUUCAGUCGAGACAAAAAAGAUGGCUUCCAAAAGAGCUCGGAGCAUUCGCUGUUUUCGAAUUCGGUAGUCGAUGUAUUUACACAGUUAACGCAAUGCUUCAAAGUCGUCAGUAAAUUGGAAUGUCCUGAUCCGGAGAUUCUAAAACGAUAUAUGAGACGGUUUGCAAAGACAAUAGUCAAGGUGCUAAUAGCUUAUGCAGAUAUUGUAAAGAAAGAUUUCCCAGAGCAUUCAAAUGAUGAGCGUGUUGCCUGCAUCUUAAUGAACAACAUCCAACAGUUAAGGGUACAACUAGAGAAAAUGUUUGAAUCGAUGGGUGGUGAUGGUUUGGAAGAAGAUGCAGCUAACAUUCUAAAAGAUUUACAACAAAACCUCAACACAGCUCUCGAUGACCUGGCCUCACAGUUCGCUGAUAGUUUGCAGCCUCGUAUCAUCCAAAGUGUUCGUGAACUGGGCGAUUUGCUGCAGAAUAUUAAAGGCGGUGGUAGUUUGAAUAGCACAAAUCAGGCAGCUCAACGUACUACUGCGGUCGCUGUGGAAGCGGACGAGGUAUUGCGACCAUUGAUGGAUCUACUCGAUGGUUCGCUAUCCCUUUAUGCUCAAUCCUGUGAAAAGACCGUGCUCAAACGUUUGCUCAAAGAAUUGUGGAAAAUUGUGAUGCGCAUACUAGAAAAGACAAUCGUUUUGCCACCGAUGACUGAUCGAACGAUGAUGUUCAAAAAUAUAACGGACAAUGCCAAGAAUCUGGCGGCAAACGCGAAAAUCGAGGACAUGUCACGAUUGUUUAAAAAUCAUAUGGCCGGCAAACAAGACGUAAAGAAUGCACUGAGCGGUGUGAUGGACAUAUCGAAAGAGGUGGAAAAGAAUUUGUCGCCAAAACAAUGUGCCAUCCUCGAUGUCGCUCUGGAUACAAUCAAACAGUACUUCCAUGCGGGUGGCAAUGGUUUGAAAAAGGCUUUCCUCGAAAAAUCACCCGAAUUACAGAGUUUACGUUAUGCGCUCAGUCUGUACACACAAACCACCGAUACCCUAAUCAAAACAUUCAUUACAAGCCAAGUGCACGAAGCCAAACAUCGGAGCUUUACCAUUGAUGAUGAAGUCGAUAACGAUAUGGAUCCAAAUUUGGAGGAGCCAUUGAAGGCGAAGUUAAAGCGAAUGCCUAGCCGACAAGAUUCACAAAAUCCUGACGAAAGCGUUGGCGAGAUUUCCGUACAAAUUGACCUAUUCACACAUCCGGGCACCGGCGAACACAAAGUCACCGUCAAAGUUGUUGCUGCCAAUGAUUUGAAAUGGGUCAUCGCAUCGGGUAUGUUCCGGCCGUUUGUCGAAAUCAAUUUGAUUGGUCCACAUCUGCAGGAAAAGAAGCGUAAACAUGCAACCAAAUCAAAAUCAAACAACUGGUCACCCAAAUACAAUGAAACGUUCCACUUCAUGAUCGGUAACGAGGAGCAGUUGGAUUUCUUCGAACUUCAUAUCUGUGUUAAGGAUUACUGCUUUGCUCGUGAAGAUCGUUUGGUUGGCGUUGCCGUCCUCCAGCUUAAAGAUAUCGUUGAACAGGGAUCAUGUGCACGCUGGUUGUCACUAGCGAAACGUAUACAAAUGGAUGAAACUGGCUGGACGAUAUUGCGUAUUUUAUCACAGCGUAAUAACGAUGAGGUGGCGAAGGAGUUUGUCAAACUGAAAUCGGAGAUACGUCAAGAGCCCUUGCCAAACCAAUAAACUGCUGAAUCUGAACUGAACCGAAUUAAAGACAACAAAAAAAUCAUUGACAAAUCGUGAAAUUAACCGCAUAUUUGAGGAGGCAGAGAGAGAGAGAGAGAAAAAAAGAGAUAAAGAGAGCGCCUGUAAAAAUAAAUUCAUUUGUCUUAUUCUUUUUUCAUAUGAACGAAAUACAUAAUGAUAAAAUAAAGAUAAAAAACCAAACAAAAUAUAUUACAAACCCGAUUCGUGCCAUUCAUCGAUGGGCAAUCGCGAGUGCGUAAUGGCUUUCCUCUUAUAGAGUUUUGCUUCUACAACCAACCAACCAACCAAAAAAAAUCUCAACUAGAUUUUACAAUCAAUCAAAUUGAACGCUUUUUAAUUUUCUUAGAGUUUUUCUAGGAGAACAAAAAAAAAUAACAAACAUAUUUACGACAGCAUUUUCGCAUUCAAAUCUCAAACCAGAAACAAAAAAAAAAACAAACAAACAAACAAACAACACGUAUGUUAUCGUGGGGAACUAUCGACCGACACCUCAUACUUGUUAUUGACUUAGACGUUCGCUCCUAGGCAGCUAUAACACAAACUAAUGAAACCAAAAAAAGAAAUAAAAAUAUUAAAUUAAAUGAUGAAAAUUGUAAAUAUAUUAUUAUAUAUCGGAUGAGUACAAAUAUCGUAUAUUUGUAAAUCAAUAGUUCCCUCUAUAAUAGGGGACUAAUAUGUAGGACACAAUAUUUUUGUUUCUCUUGUUUUUCUGUUUUAUUCGUUCGAUUUAAUUAUGAAUUCAUUGCAUAGUUUUCUUUUCGUUAUUUUCGAUUUCAGAGUUUAUUGUUGCCUUUAAAUGAAAACAAAUUUAACAUGAAUUAACAAAAGAGAAUGAAAGAAAUGAUGACAAAAAAAAGAACAUUCACACUGAAUGAAGAAAAAAUGUGAGCAAAAAAAAAAGAACAUUGAACAUGACUUCUCCAUAUCUGUAGGUAAUUUAAGCUUCUUCAGGACGGAUUGAUUCAAAUCACAAUCCAAUCAUACCGAUACACACACAAAUUACUACUGAAAAUCACUAAGAAAGAGAAAUGCAAGAAAUUAUUAGGUUAUUUAAUCAAGUGAACAAACAAAAUGUUACCAUGCAUUUAUAUCGGGUUUGAAAUACGAUAAAACACAACCGAAUCAAUAACAAACUUUAUGAAUAUCGAACAUUUGAUACGUUCGUAUAUGGUGCUGCUCAAGUCAUAUAAGGAAGAGAAAAAAACCGACAAAACCAGAAACAUUUAUUGCCACGAGAAGUUCUGUAGUUGCAUUUAAUUCAUAAUUAAAAAAAAAAUGGUACGCACACGGGUUAGAAAACGAUAUGCCAUUUGCCAGUUGGCAAAACACAUAACAUUUCCUGAACAAAAUUUUCGACAUUUUUCCCCCCUCUCUCGAUUACACUCAUAGUUCAUAUUCACCUCAAAACUCAUAUUCGAAAUGAACUUUUCAUUUCGGUCAAGUAGAAUAAUAACACCACUGUCGCUCAAUCCACAGCGACAACCGUUUUUUUUUUUUUCAAACUUCAAUUAAAUCAACUAAACAACCAUUCACAUUACUUAUUGCAACCAUAAUGAAUUGAACCACAUUUUACAACCACCAAACAAACAUUUAUGAACAAUCAUAAGACAAAAUCAAAGACGAAAUAAAUGAAAAUAUCUAGAAAUAUUAACAAAAAUGAACUGUCUUGCGUUUGGGUUUUUAUUUUCUUUCAUUUUAUUUGUUCAUUUUUCGAUUUCGAUUUGUUUGUCACAUCGUAUGCACAACAAACACACAGUAGCACUACAAGGAGGAGAAGGAGUGAGAAAGCGAGAUGAAAGAGCAAGAGCUUUUGCUCGGCCCUUUUUUCAGUCAUUUUGUCAUGACAUCUCGAUUUAAAUAUAUUUAAAAAAAAACAAAACAAAAUAUAUAUAUAUAUAUAUAUAUUAUAAAUAAAUGACCUUCAUCAUAUCAUUGAUAGCUUGAAAGUGUAUAAAAAAAUCAUUAUAUUGACCUGAAACUCUUCUAUUUGAUAAUUGUUGAUAUGUUCAUUGUUCACUAUUUCGGAUUUUCUGUAAUUAAAUGAGAAAAAAAAAACGAGAAGAAGAACACUUUGUUGAUGCGUCUAUGAGAGUUUAUUUUAGUGAUGAUGAAUGGGACAACAACUUUUUUUUCGAACAUUGAUUAACCUAACACACACUCGAUUGAUCAAUGAAACAUUCAUUUUUAAGUCAAGAAUAACAAAAUAGUGAAGAAAACAACAAGUCAAACAUCAUUUUGAAAUAUAUUUAGAGGAUCCCGUGUCAAAAUAUUGUGAAUAAGCAUGACUAUUCGUAACUAAUUUCGGACAUUUGAAAGGACUAUUGACUAGGUAAAAGUGGAUAUCCCGAACAAAAUAUGUAACUGAAGUUAACUUAAGUUAACUUCAGCUGAAAGUGACGUCAAGUCCUUGGUUUCUGACUGAAGGCAAUUACAGAAAUCAAUUUUCUGUAGUUAAUUACAAUAAAAAAUUAAAGAUUUGACGUCACUUUCGGCUGAAGUUAACUUAAGUUAACUUCAGUUACAUAUUUUGUUCGAAAUAUCCACUUUUUUUACCCAGUCAAUAAUCAGUCAAAAUGUCCGAAAUUAGCUAUGAACAGUCAUGCUUAGUUACAAUAUUUUCACUCGGGCAAUUUUCCCACAGACCGAAAAAAAAAUCCAAAAAUUCACACAAAGACAAGAAAAUUUUGUCGAAAAUGAAAAAAAACUGAUGAAUUUGCAAGACUGUUUCAGGAUUUCACUAUACGUUGGAGUAAGCCAAUUUGCCAGUUAUUCAUUAACUUACGUUUUUUUCGCAUUUUCUUUUAUACAUAUACAUAUAAAAUAUUCGUAAACGGAUGACCAAACUUAAUUUAAAAACAAACCAAAAAAAAAAGAAAACACACAUAACAUGUUUCACACCAUAUAGCUUUGCUUUGAAAACAUUUGGAAUAAAUAAAAGAAAACUAAUGAAUAAUUAUUGAGAAAAAAAAGUAAAUCGGUUAACAUGCAACUGAUUGCAACGCGUUUGGUCCCGAAUUUUUGUUAAAUAUAUAUUUCUUUAUAAGCAAUAGAUUUAAAAAAAAAAUAUCUCCUUCCGCGCGUAAGUAUCAUUGAAUGAAAAAAAUUAUUUGAAGAAUAAAUAAAUUGCGGCUAGACAAGAUUAAAAGAAACAACUAAUUGAAAUAAAGAAGAAAAAAAAACUGUGCAUUAAAUGUAUAAAAAAAGGAAAUAAUAUAUGAAUGGUUAUAUUAUCAAAACUCCAUAAUUUUUCUAUUUUCAUUUUGUUCCCAUUCGUUUCGGUUUUUCACACUCGUUUUUUUUGUGAUCGACGCCAAAUCACUGCGUCGAUGCAAUAUAAUAUUCGCCGAUGCGGCGCAUAUUCAACUAAUUGUACCAACAAAAUUUGACUAUCUUGUGUGUUUAACAAAAUUCAAAAGACUUCAAACAUACAUAUAAAUAUUAUUAUAAUUGACUUUAAAAAAACAAACAUGGUGUUAGCUAAAUAAAUAAAAAUGAAAACGUUUUUUUUCUCGCUUCUUGUCGGGCAAAUCAAGCUCUUUAAAGAGGAGAAUUAGGAAGAAAAUUAGUGGAAAAUUUAAACAGAAAGAGUGAAAAAAGCCCACGCUAGGAAUAGAAAAAAAAAACAAAAGAGAGAAAUUUAAUUACAAUAACAACCAAAAAGACUUUGAUAAAUGGCAGUACAUUUAAAACAAUAUUUGUAUUAAUUGUUGUUCGAGUGUUAAUGUUAAUUCAUCUUAAACCAAACAAACAGAAAAAAGAAAAUAUCAGAGAAUGAGAACAAAUCAGCAUUAACAAUUCACAUUUACAUGUAUUAUAUUUGACGACGACAACAACAACAAGAACAACAACAACAACACCCACAACAUCAACAUGAAAGACACACAACUCUCUGUAUUGUAAAGAAGACACAAACUUAAUGGCAUAUACCAGAUUAACAAACAAAAAACUUAUUACGUGGAAAUUACACACGAUUGAUUUGAAUCGUAACAUGGAGAACCAAAUAAUAUAUAAAUACAAGAAAUCUAUAUAUAAAUGAAAAGGAAAAAAUUUUACAAUACGUGACCAUACCACUAAUCUGCUAAAUUUAUUUUAACGAUAAUGAUAAACUUACAAACCAAACAACAACAACAACAACAACAACAACAACAACAACAACAACAACAACAAAACAUUCUAGACAAUUACAAAUUUCGACAGUAAUUGAAUAUUGAACGCGUAACAUUUCAACUAAAAACACUGACAACAAGAACAACAUGAAGAACAAUGGACUAAAAAGCGAAACAAUUAUUGUAAGAAAACAAAUUUAAAUUGAAUUUAAUAAUGUAAGCCAACCAAAAAUGUCAGAAAAAAAACAGCAACAACAAAAAAAAUUAACAAAAAUAAACAAUGAUAAAUACAUGGA